AUGGUUGAUCAAAAGGAUGAACUCAUGAAAUGCGACCAGAUUAUACCAUUCAACGGAUCUGAAGUCUUACCGGUCGAAAAUGCCUCACAAAGAUCUGUUUGCGUCGCUCAUGCUGAGCCGCUUGUUCAUAGGCCGGCUGGAGCUGGUAUCCCUAGGAUAGAUAACAAUCCUCUACAACUCGAACCCCUAGUCACACACACUAAACCUCUUGUUUUUAAACCAGCUGUACCUGAAGUUAUCGUGGAGCAGUCACCCACCCUUCAGCAACCAUUAACAUUGCAACACCUGCCCAUUACCAAACAGCCAUCCAGUACCAGACCUUCCUAUAGUAAUCUAAGACGGAUACAAAGACAGUAUCGUGAGCACAGGCGUCGUCGGUUACUUGAGAAAUUAGAGCGAAUUAAGGGAAAUCACGGACCUGGGAGAGUGCAACCCCCCAAAAAGUCCUUAGGGCAAUCCGAUGUCGAAGAAGGGGAUUUAAGAAUGGAAUUGCAGGAGGCGGAACGUUGUGUGGAUUGGCAUGAAAAGACGGCUGCGGAGUUGCUCGAGAAUGUCGAUUUAGAGUUAGAAUCUUUUGAUCUUGUGGAAGCGAAACUCGCUGUGGACGUUUUUAUCUCGAAAAUCAAGGAAAGAUUAGACAUGGAGAAUGUGCGGAAGCUUUUGAUCAAGGAAGCUACGCUGGAGGAAUGGAAAAAGUGGGGUAAAAAGUUAAUGGAUAGGGCGGAUAGGGCGGAUAGGGAGCGCGGAGGAGGGAAAAGGAAGAGUGAGGGGGAGGGGGAGGGGAACCUUGUUUGGAGGUUUGGUAGAGACUGGGGUGAGGCAAUCGAUCAAGCGUGUGAGGCGGCGGUGGGUAAGAGACCGUGGAUAGAAGCGAUGAUCAAGAGCAUCGAAAAGGCAGUGGAAGAGGAAAAUAAAAGGAUCAUAAAGGAAAGGGGAAGUCUGAUUGAAAGGGCAAAAGAUAAGGUUGUGCGUAUGGGGGAUAAGAUCUCACGGGGUCUAGAGAGGCAAGUUGAGCCUGUGGUUGAUUCAGAUGAUAUUUCGCCUGACCCUACUUUGGCCAUUGAUGGUGCGGAGGCAGAGGAUAUGGAUAUGGAUAUGGGUUCUCCGCUGGAUAUGUCAAAAAAGGAUACAGGAGGGGAAGUUAAACAUCCCAAAAAUUGA